UCGGGCACAUAAUCGUACAGAGGGAGAUGUCCCAUUUUAUUCGGUUCCGGUCUGUUGUCUUAGUGCUUCCGGGUUGUCGCUUUUGCCGCCAUCUUGUCUGCGACGCGGAGAAGAAGCGGCUUCAGGAGAAAUGUGGGAUCAGGGUGGCCAGCCCUGGCCACAGUGGCCUUUGAGCCAGCAGCAGUGGAUGCAGUCCUUCCAGCACCAGCAGGACCCAGGCCAGGUGGACUGGGCAGCCCUAGCACAAGCCUGGAUAGCGCAGAAGGAGUCAGCGGGGCCCCCCGUGGAGCAGCCGAGCCAACAGCCCAACGGGCAGGACAUCCAGUCCCUGGAACCGGCCCCGAACAGCCAUGGCUCCUUCCAGGGCGACGCAGCCUUCAACCGAAUGUGGCAGCCAGAUUGGAAUAUGCAUGGCCCUCCCCCAGAGCAGGCAUGGCUCCCCCAGGGCCCAGGGCCCAUGGACGUGGUCACCCCCUCGGAGGACAGCAACAGCCAGGACAGCCUCGAGUUUGCGCCAGAUUCCCACCAGGGGGCGUUCCCACAGAACAGCCAUGGUUUCGGGGGCCAGACAGACAGCUUUUCCAUGACGCCCAUGCCUGUCAACCAGUUUGACUAUCAGCAUGGGGCUGCUGCCUUCGGCCCCCCUUCUACAGGGUUUCCUCCUCCAUACUGGCAGCAAGGGCCUCCCCAGAAUCGACGGGACCGGCCCCCAGGAUUCAGGGAGCGCCAGAGGUCCCCUCUCCAGAUGCCCAACAAGCAGGAGCCCCCAGCCUUGGACGCAGUGAAGCGUCGGAUCCUCCCCGCCUGGAUCCGCGAGGGUCUGGAGAAGAUGGACCGUGAGAAACAGAAAAGGCUGGAGAAGGAGAGGAUGGAGAAGCAGCGGGCGGAGAUGGCGAGAGAACAGAAGAAGGAGGAGGACGCAGCAGAUGAGGAAGGCGAUGGCCCUAGGCUUCCACGCAAGAGCAAGUUUGACAGUGACGAGGAAGAGGAGGAGGGGGGUGAAGAAGAGCAGGCCCCCACCAGAAAUCCAGAGCUCGUAAGGAGCAGUCCGUCCCCAUCCCACGAGGACCAGAGUGAACCGGAGAUGACGGAGGAGGAGAGAGAGUACCAGCUGAUACUUCUGACAAAGACUUUGCUGACGGAAGUGUUGCUGGAAGUGACCACUGAGGAAAUCUACCAGGUGGCCCGGGAUGCUCAUCGCAAGGCUACCAAAGCGCCUGCCAAACAGAUCGCACAGUCAAGUGCACUGGCUUCUCUGACCGGCCUCGGGGGUCUGGGUGAGUACGGCUCGGACGAGAGCGACGGCGAGCACAGCACCAAGGCUUCGGACUCCUCUGACACAGACGAGGAGGAGUUACGGCACCGCAUCCGUCAGAAGCAAGACGCCUUCCGGCGCCAGGAGAGGGCGCUGCAGCUGCAAGAGGAGAGGCGAGCGACUGAGGGCCCGCUUGCCCCAGAUGACCCAGCACUGGAUAGGGUGGGCCGAGAGCAGGCACAGUCGGAGAGCUUAGAUAGAGCAGCAGUCAGGGAGGCGGAGCCUGUCAGGGAGGCGGAGAGACGCAAGCCCCGUCCUGAGCAGGAGUCUAGUGAGGUCAGGCGGGCGGCGCCAGUGAGGGAGCAGGCGGGGCGUGGCGGGGUGAGCGGCAGCGCCUCCCCCAGCGACGCUCACAGCAGCACCUCGCACUCCAGCUCCAGUAGCUCCAGUAGCCGUUCCUCCUCCUCCUCCUCCUCCUCUUCCUCUCGCAGUUCAUCCCGCUCCUCCUCCCCAAGGAGGAAGAGGCGGCGCAGCCCCUCACCCUCCCGGCGGACGCGGCCACGCAGCCGCAGUCCGCGCAGACGCCCCAGCGAACGGGAAAAGGGCCGGGAGAGGAGGCGGGGCAGUAGAAACCGCAGUGCCGAGCGCUCCGGCCGCCGGGGGAACCGCAGCCGCUCCCGGGAGAGGAGGCCCAGCAGGGGGCGCAAGAGUAGGUCCAGGGAGAGGGCGAAAGGCAGCCGCAGUCGCAGCGAGGACCGGCGGCAGAGCCGGGAGCGCAGACGCAGCCGAAGUCGCAGCCGGCGCAAGCAGAAAGAGUCAAGCAAAGACAGGGACAAGAGGAGGGAGAGGAGCCGGAGUGGAGAGAAGGAGAAAAAGAAAAAGGAAAAGGAUGUAGAUAAGAAAGAGAGGUCCAAGCAGAGGGCGAAGGAGAAGGAGAGCGUAGUGCAGGAGGGCAGCAACGGCAGGGCUAAGCGCAGGAGAGAGAGCGAGCACACGGACUCCCACAAUGAGGCCUCCGGCAGGCCCGCCCGCUCGGACAAGAGCGGCAAGAAAGGCCCCAGCAAAAGUAGCAGGAAGUACUCGGACUCUGAGUCCAGCAGGAGCAGGUCACCCUCUCCUGAGGUUAGCAAGGAAAAGAAAUCUAAAAAGUCCAAACGCAGUCGCUCAAGGUCAACGGAAAAGUCGCACAAGUCUGGUAAGAAGGCGAGCCACAAACACAAGUCUAAGUCGCCAUCAAGGUCAAACUCUCCCGCCCGCCGCUGGCGCUGAGGAUCCUGAUAUGUGUACUUAUUUUAAAAUUCCAUGAGUUUUAAAGGCUUGUCUCAUUAUAGAGGCAACAGUGUAGGUGACUCUCCCGUGACCCCCACCCCUGUAAAUAUCUCAUUUUUAAUUCCUGUCUGCAGUGCAACACUCCCUCCAAAGCCUGAUCACAUCUGAGGACUUAGUCAGUAGAGCAUCCAAGUUGUAACGUUUUAUCACAAAAGGAAAAAAAAAAUCACACUGUAAAUUGUCCAAUAAAGCGAAUGAUUGUUGGUUUGGCUGUUGUGACUGUCCCUUUUUGUUCUGAAGCAUUUAAAAGUAACUCCCCAGCUCCCCCUAGAGGCCUGGCUGCCCUUCCUACCUGUUAGCUAGUUAGGGUUUUUUUUUAAGGAAAAAAAAACAUGUUUUUUAAGGUGAAUGUGGGCUGUCAGCACAUGCUGUGAUACACUGUAAAGUCUGUACAACUUCUAAUAAAAUAUCGAUCUGAA